UCUAUGGUGUAAUGAACAAUGCUCGUUUAAACAUUAUAGUAUUUUUAUUAUUACGCUACUUCCGUAGUUCCGUGACGGUCACAGUAGUCAUAACUCGUAGGCUGCCGCAAUACAAUAUUAAUAGUUAGUAGUAGUAAACACAUAUACAUAUAUAUUAAGAUAGGUACACACUAUACACUAAUUGUACCACCUACUUAUCAACAAUACCCAAUACUAUAAUUGCAAUAAUAUUUACCGAUUGGUUUGCAGCGAACGGAUAACGUAAAUAAUAAACAUUACUGCGCAAACGACAUAGUAAUCGCGUUCCGAUUCGAUCGUUGUUAUACCUCGUCGACGACCAUAGCCAAAAAAACUCGCGUGAUCGAGCUAUGAACGACGCCGCCGGUGGUCGACAGUCAAAGCUCGAGGAUCUGGACAUCACCAAACAGGAAUUGGACAGUAUCGGCGAGGCGUUGAAGAAUGAACAGUUCCGGAAACUGCUGUGUGAGUAUGUGGACGAAAUCAACGACCCGGAGAACCGAGCGCAGUACGAACGGGAGAUCGAACAGUACGAACUGGAACGCGGAACCAGCGUGACGUUCGUACGCCCUCGGCCCGGCUACGUGUUGAAGACCAGCGCCAACGGCGUGCGAAAGGUGUUCGUCAACGUGUGCUGUUGCGAUGUGCUACAGAAACCGACCAGCCGAUCCGGCACCGGCGGCGAUCACUGGUCCCUGCCACACUGCCUGUCGCCGGUGCGUCAAGAUUACGACAAGGCCCACAAACCGUGCGAUGUGUACGACGUGGUGUUUCAUCCGGACGCGCUUGAAUUGACCAAGCACGGCAAGAGUCUCAGAGACAUGGUCGAAGACACGGCACUCAGUAUGAUCGAGAAGAACAACAAUGUAGUUUUGGACAAGGCUAAUCUCAAGUAUCCAAAAAUCGCAUUCAAAGGUGUCGCCCGGUCGUUGGUCAUACGCAAGCCAAUCAAGGAUUUCCAGCCGUCACCCGAACUCCAAACUUCUGAUAUACCCGGAUGCCCUUACAAGCCACCAGUCGAUCGACCGGUUCAACAUCAUGAUCUGGGCUCUUUGAAACAAAAGUCACUGUUUACUGUUCCUAAGUACAUAAUAAAAUAUCGAAACGAUAUAGACAUCCAAGAACAUGGAUAUAAUAUGCAUUGUAAAAUGAAUGCGGUCAUACCAAAAGAGUUAAUUAUUGAAAUUAACUUGCCGCUUUUGGAUUCUUCGGCCAAUGUAGAACUUGAUGUGCUCCCUAAGACAUUGAAAUUAGUUUGUCACAAACCUUCAAAAUAUAAACUUGAUAUCAAUUUACCUUAUAGUGUACUGGAAGAAGAGGGUAAUGCUACGUUUGAUCAAAGUACUAAAAAGCUUAUUAUACGCCUUCCGGUCUUGCGGACAGAGCCAUCGCUAGAAUAUGUCAAACAUCUUGUUAGUGAGGUUGAAAUGCCAAAAGAUGAAAAUGGUCACGACUGUGGUGUUGCAAAUAGUAAUUUAGACAAUAUUGUGAUUGAUAAUGAAAUUAACAUUAAUGACCAAGAUUGUAAUACUAUAAAUGUUAAUAAAACUGUAGUCACUAAUAGUAACGACAAUAUGAACACAAAUGAUCUUAAAGACAAUGCUGUUUAUAAUAAUUGUAAUAAUAGUAACAUCACCGAAAAUGAUGUACACUAUAUCCUGCCAGAACACGAAUUUAUUUUUGAAAAUAAAUGUUUUCUUACGCUCAAUGUAAAAAAUGUUGAUCCAACAUCGAUUGAUGUGAUAGUUAUUAAGGAUAAAAAUUUGAUCUCCGGUAAAUUUCAUUCCAUUGGUUCAGGAUUUUUUCCUAUAUGGUAUGCUUUUUGCUUAAAAAUUCCAUCCGAAUCGAGCUUAUUAAAGUCUGAUGUCAACGUAUUACCUUCUGAUAAUAAUGUUAUAUUAAAUUUUUCUAUACAUUUUAAACCGGACAAUAAUCAAUAUUGGUAUGGCCUCAAUGAAGAUAACUUAAUAAUCCAGUGUAUUAAAAUGGAAACACUCAAGGAAAACUCAAAACCUUUAACCAACGGUGUUACAAUUCCUCUCAAUGACAGUGAUGAUGACAAUGAUGAUGAUGACGAUGAUGUAUUUGACGAUAGUAAAGAAGAUGAAUCAAAUACACAAAAACAACAGAACAUCAAGAAAAAUGAUGACAAUUAUCAGGGCAAAGAUAAAAAUGGUAAAACAACCAAAGAAAAGAGGAAAAAAAAGAAAGGAAAGAAGAUUCAAAAAUCAAAUGCUAUACCAAUAGCUGUUGCCAGCAGUUUACCCGAAUCUAGAAAAACAAUAGAUUUCAUACCCGGCUCGUUGCCAAUUGAGUUUAAUAACAUUAGACCAACAAUUCGUGGAAUCUUAAAAAAAAGAGCUUUGUCUGAAUGUAGUAACGUUGAUGACAUAAAUUUAUCUCCUCGAACAUAUAGUUCAUCUGUGGACAAUGUGGACACUGAAAGUUCAGACGUAUUGGGUUCAAGUUUGAAUGAUUUUACUUUUAAAAAAACAGUUCGUUUUAAUGAUCAUGUCAUUGAAAAAAAGAUUAACUUCAAUAUAAGCAUAGCAGCACAAGCAAAAAAACACAGACAACGUCAGCAGCGUAAGCGUAAUAUACGAGAAUAUAACACUCCCAGUGAAAGUGAAGCAUCUGAAGCUGAAGACAGAGUAUAUGGACCACUAAAUGUGGUUUCAGAAAGUGAAGAGACCAGUGUAUCAGAAAGCAGUGCUGGCGAAAUGUCUGAUGACAAUAGUAAUGCUCCAACAACAACUAUAUCAUCAAAAGUCACAGUUGUAGCUGACUCUAAGAAAGAUCAUAAACGUCGCAAGAGUAAAUCAGCCAGGAAAAAUGCUUCGCUUGCGAAACAGGCUUCGACCAACAAUUUGAUAUUUCCUAUUGAAUAUUGAGCAAUAUUGAACAUCAGACCUCUUUUAUAUUACUUAAUACAAUCAUUGAAUCAUAUUAUGAACAUUUAUUUAUUAAAUUACUUUAUGGCUAAUGUUUAUUAGAUGUUUUCUUUGGGUGCGUAGUUUUUUAUUUUUAUUAUUAGAAACAUAUAUAACACAGUUUUUAUUUGUAAAUUAUUAUCGUCUUGUUUGUUUUUUUCACCUACAUUGGUUGAUUAUGUAUUUUUUAAACUAUUGCAGUCUUUUUGUAUUGAAAUAUAUGUAUCUAUGUUGAAACCAAAA